GUGAUCGCUUAUAUUGACUAUGUCUUCCUCUCGUCAAGUUGGAGCUGCAGCCUCAAACUCAAAAGGGUCGCCAGCUGCCAAAUCUUCUGCCCCCGCCCACUACCCGCUUUUUACCCCUAGUGGAAUGCUUGCCCGACUCAGCGAAAGAGUCGAAAGAACUGUUGCCUCUCUUGACAAACAGGCUUCGUCUGGGAAUGUUUUAAGCUCUGCUUUUUACUCAAUUGUUUUGGGACUGCCUUUGAAAAUGUGCAGAUUUGUUUUAUUUGGACUGGGAAGCGCUUUAGGAGUGAAGCAGCGAGCUAUUGUGAACGUGCAGCGCAAGUAUAAAACCCGACGAUCAGCGGGACGAAAGUCGAAGAAUGGAGAUAAAACAUUGGAAGGCGAUGACUUGAACGUAACGCCCGAAGAUGGAGUCAAAUUUGACUUCGGAAACUCGCCCAAUGCGGCUAGACAGUUGAGCGGAAUUUCGCCUAGUAAGCGGCCGAUGCUGUCUUCCCAGAGUGAUGCUGAUUAUGACGAUGAGAGUUCAUGUGAAGAGGAUUCGGAACAAGACGAGAUAAUUGACCAUGUGAAUCUCUUGAACCAAAGUGAUGAAUGCUACAAGUCGGAGGAUGACUCGGACUUUGUUCCUCCAUCUGAGUCUGAAGAGAAACUUGAUAUAGACGAAGAUAUCGAAGUUAACUCCUCUUGCGAGUCGGAACCUCCUUGUGAACAAGUGCCUCAACAGUCGCCAUGUUUGACUGAUCACUCAGUAGUGGAAUUGACUUUUGACGAGAAGGAUUCGGACGCAUCGUUGCGAGUCGCUGAGUUGAGAGAGAACCACGAGGUUACAGGCAUGACGAAAAACAAUCAUCAAGAGUCCUCUGGUAAAGUUGAACAAGAGAGUUUGGAUGGUGAAAUGCCUUUGAAGUCGACCGAAAACAUUGGUGAUGUUGAUUUGAAUGCUAAUGAUCUCGCAAAGCAUAAAAUUCCUGAAGUCGAACAAUUGGAUCAAGAAAAUGCGCCGCAACAUGCUUGAAAGUUGUUUGUCGUGUAAUUGAAACGUGACGUACGGUUUAGUGAGUUUUGAUUGAAUUUGCUUAAUGUAGUAAAAAGGUUGAACAUGUGCUUUUUUUAAUUACUAAGUGCAAUUGAUGUUGAUAGUAGUAAAUCUGUAAUUACCCAUUCCAAAAUUUGAUGCGCCAAAGUGAUAUGGUUGACUUGAACUUGAAUUUGAAUUUUA